GAAGGAGAAUGUGCUGGAGAACGAGAGCGAGAUAAAUAUUAGCGGUUCUUUUGCAGCCUACUACGAGCAUUCCUAGCUUCGAAAACACAUGAAUUAAAAUAAACAUCGUUGAAGUGCAAUUCUCCAAGAUGUAGAGAAUCUACAAAAAACAGACCUGGUAAAAACCAAUUUUGAUUAUUAUGAAGCAAUUUCAGAACUAACAAAGAAAAGGUGUGUGUUUCAUGCACUCAGUCUAUAAAGCAACAUGGAGCCCAGUGAUGAGAACAUAUCAUCUUUAUUGGCAAUGGGGUUUCAAGACAUUGGCCAAAUUCAAAGAGCACUCAGGUUAGCAGAUAAUGACCUUAGUGAAGCAGUCUCAAUUUUAACAGGGGAGGACAACAGGGAAGGCUUCCAUAGCAAUGAUCCAGGGGGAGAUAUUGAGAUGAAGGAUGCACAAUACAGACAAGGGGAAAAAGAAUCAAUGCCAGGGCUCGUUGAAAUGGACCAAAGUGUAAAGCAUAAACAGUCACCUCCUUCUUAUGAUGAGGCUGUUAGCACCACCCAGGAUGACUUAGAUGCAAAUACAGAAAGUAUGGACAUUCCACUUGACUCAAUUCCAGAUGAAUUCCCAACAACAAAUCUGUACGAGCUUGAAGAAAGGAUAUUCACAGAAAACUGGUCAAUUCCUUACAGGAAAAAUGAAUCAUUAGGAAAGUGUUUAUUAGGUGCAAUUAAAGUUACACAAAGAGGGGAAGCAGAAAAAGAUGCUAACUGCAAAAGAUUUAUGGAUAGAGCACUUCCUGAAUGUUUUCAAAAGCUUCUAACUUCAGAUGCUGUUAGAAGAUGGAACUCAGAAACUCUUGAAGGAGUUUAUAAUAUGUUAAGACUGUUCAUUGAUCUUGCUGCUGCUAGGCUCCAUUUUGAACCAGUCCCAGUGAAAUUAUUGUCAGUUUUGUCACAGGCCUUUGAUCCAGACAGUGAAUACCACUUCAAGAAUCGAGGCAAAAGAUGGGAUAGAGCCUAUUUUGAAGAUAUUUAUGGUUUUCAGAAGUGUCCAGCUGUGAGUCCAACUUUUAGUGUUGGCAGGGAUCCAUUUGGCUGGCUUGUGAACCUAAUUAAUAGAUUUGGUCUGAAAAAUGGUCUGGAUGCGAUUUGUGACCGUAUUGAAAAAUCCGAAUGCCUAACAGCUCCAAUUUUAGCAUCGCUUUUGCAGCCUCUUGGAGUUUGUGCUGCCUACCUAAACCCGGAAGUUGCAGGGUACAAAUUGGGCAGCGCUGCUGAUAAAGCUGUUAUGUACGUCAAAGACCUAAAAGAUUCAGACAUCAAGGAGAAGGAGAUUGGUAAAGUCUUUGAUUUAUUAAGGACGCUAAAGCUGCUUUGUCAAGUUUUAUGGAAAGACAAGUUAUCAUAUUUGGAUGAGCUGCAUUUGGGAACACUGCUCAAUAUGCUGAAAAGUGCCCAUUACAAUGCACGGAUGAAUUCUUUGAAGGAGAUUUGCAAAUUGAUUAAGGAAUCAGAAAAAAUUCAUUUGAAUCGAACUGCAAUUGCCCAGGAUGCCUUGAUUCAUUGGUUGUUGGAAAACAAAGUUCUGUCUAUUGCAUUUCAAAGUAGCCUGCACCAGCAUCAGUACUGCGAGAAGCUGAAGAAAGUCGUCGAGUUUGUUGGGGCUAGGUUAUCUAACGACGAGUUAACAACUAUUUGGACAAUGCAGUCAGGAAAACACAACACCGUUGUUGACAAUAUCCACACUAUUAUUGCCAGUGCAGCGCAAAGUUUCACUUCCGAUCAGCUGGAACACUUGAUUAGUUUGCUACAGCAGAGUUGGAAUUCUGAGGAUGAAAAGGCAAGGGAAAAGCUGCUUAUGUUGAUUGGAAGAAUAGGCAGAGAGGUGAACGACAGUAGAGCUGUUGCCAAGCUAUUGGAAGUGGUCUGGGGUUUGUCUCAUGUCGAUUCUCUGCCAACACACUUGAUCAAUCAGGCUGUUCAAUCCCAUCUCGAUAUCCUCACGCUGUCCCAGUAUGUCACAGACCAAGUGAGAAAUCUUUAUAUUGAAAAAUGUAUUCAAGAUAUAAGAGAUGGCAGAUGGGUAGUACCAGCUAUCAGGCAUUUGCAAAGCAACUUAGAAGCCAUGCUGAAGAAACCUUACUCCAAAAGCCACAAAUCGAUGCUUCAAGAUCUGCAAAAGCAAACUGACGUCAUCAAGCUGGUUACCCUAAGCCUUAUACGGUCUCAUCAACAGGCUGUGGAGAGCCCGGGUCAGCUGGACGGGGAUACUAUCAUUGGUAAUCAGUAUGCUUAUGGAGAGACAGUUGUGACGCAUCUGCGGUUCAUUGCCUAUCUCCUUCAAGACGGUGCCUUGUAUCUCUCGUUCACAAGAGUCAAGGAUAUCUGGGACUGCCUUAUGCUUGAUGAAAAUAACUGCAAAGGGGACUACGAGACUGCGUUUGAGUGGUUCACAGACGGUGUAACUGAUUUAGAACAUGAAACUCAAGCCAACCUUUUUACAACCAGAAUGCUCAAAGUUGAUGUCUUUAAGAUCUCAGCAAAAGGGUUCAAAUGUUUUCGUGUUUAUUUCGAAAAUGUCAAUACUUACGAGCAUAAAAUCAAGCGAACUGGACAAACUCUUCUGGUCGAAAAGCAGGACCUCACAGGAAUCAACUACUUAUGGCAACUGUUGUUAGCAACACCCGAUGAUGACAUUGCGGAGGAGUCUAUGCAAUAUUUGAUCCAACUCAGCUACACUUCACUGUCACCUCGUCUUAAAAAGGCUGAUGCUGUGUGUAUACAUAGACGGUUCAUUGCUGAAUGCAACAAAAGACUUGAGUCGCUGUUGGCUCAGUUAGGAAUCUGUAGCGGCGGCGUUGUGCAGGAGCAGAAGCAAGCCCAGAAGCAAAGAAAGACAUCAGUGAAGUCGAUGGGAAGGGAAAACAUUCUUCUUGGUGUUAAACGGCUGUUAUUGCUCGCAUACUACUACAUCACCACAGUUGAGGAGAAUUUUCCGAUGCCUCGCAGGUUUCCCGCACAUGGAACGUGCUACCGCGGUUUCCCGGUUACAUUGAACAUCAACCAUGAAGCAACCAAGACAGAAAUUGAGUUACAGUCUCAUAGUAACGAAACAUUGUCAUCUCUGCGGAGGAGAAUCGCAAAGCAUCUGUUGACGUCACCCGAAAGUGUCAUUUUAUCACUCGCAGAUAAAGCUUUGACCAACAAUAAAGACCAAAAGCUGCUUCACCAGCUGAACCUGCAAAGUGGCCAGACCAUCUCUGUCAAAACCAUCAGUACAGUAAACGGUGCGUCGGGAAGUAGCGCUUCAUCAGCCCCUGAAGAUGAGGGACUAAAACCAUCUUCGCUUCUGGAAAGGGAGAAAGGCCUGCCAAGUUAUCUUAUGGCUAUAGAAUUUAAAGUUUUCGAGAGGCUGUAUGAGCUGGCAUUGCUCGAAGAGAGUGGCGUCACAGAUGCACUUCGAAGUUUGCUGCAGCUUCUGCCAACAGACACAUCAGUUCUCAAUGCAUUCGAUGUAUUUUCCUACCAGGACUCUAUACCAGAGUCACCAAAACCGCUCAAGGAUGGCUCUAAUCUUUCCAGUGUUUUUGACGAAUACUUCAAGCUAUCUGGGCCUAAGAUGUCACCUUUCCGAUUGUUAUACAAUUUGCAGGUGUUGAGCAGCAAACUCAUUCCCACAGAAGAGAAGGAAACUCCUUCUGCUUUUAGGGAGAAUUUUCUCAAUGCCGGUGGCCUAAGCUUAGUACUAAACAUCCUGCAGCCAGACGCGAUGCCAACGUCCGUUGCAUAUGAACUGAGGCAGUCCUGCUACUUUGUUUGCUUGCAACUGGCAAGGUCUUUGCUACAUGGUGAGACGUCACAGCCUGUCAUCCUCUCCUUCGCAUCACCUGUAAAAACUGUCGGAGCAUCGUCGACCGGGAUGGCCACAACAGCUACCCCUGAUGCACCCAUGGGUUCAACCAUGGCAACAAGCACGCCAAUCAAGCUUUUAGAGAGUCCGCACAAGAAUCAAAGUGCCAGCGUAGCCUCAUCUUGGCCCGGUGCUGGUUCAGCGUCACCGUUAUCUUUGAGCAUGAUGUCAUCAUCCCCAGGGAGUUCUGCCGGUGUCACACCCGACAAUGCUUCAGAGCCUAAGCGUCCACGGGCUGGCAGUUUGAUUGACAGCGUAGCUCCAUCCGCCAGAUUGGUUGUGGAGAUGAUGAAUCGUGAUGAUUAUGCGGAGACGAUCGCAUGCUUAGUGAGAGUGGCCUGGGCGGCCGCUGCAGGCCAACUUCAAUUGUUCACUUUCCGCCAAAACAGAAACGACGAAUCGGAGAAGUCACCCGCUUCAUUAAGAAGUGGAAUCUGUCUCACAAAAAACGAAAUCUCUCCCAUGGACGCCUUACUGUCCCAGAAUGCAAUAGAGCUGUUGGUCAUGUGCUUGCAGCUUCGCCCUAAUUUGAUGAAUGUGUUCUACUACCUACCAAACGUCAACGAGUUCAUUAUAGAUCUUCUCGUUGGAUCAUCCAGCAUGCAGGUUAGGAAGGCUGCCAUGACACAGCUCACAAUUCUAAGCGAGACCGAAAUAAACGAGCCAAAAGUUCAACAAGCGAGAGAUUUUCUUGUUCGAACUCUGUUCAAAGCACCAGUACCUCUGUGGAAUUCAUCGACGUACAUCAGGGCGAACUACAGGAUCCACAGUCAGUGUACACCGUAUUUCGACCUGCUGUGCAAUCUUCUUCGAAAUUUACCAAAGAGCGAUCAAGAAAAUUUAAAAGUCAAGCCUUCGAAGUUAUUAGAAGAUGAGAUUGGAUGGUUGUCGUCAUCUGGCGCCGAUCCGGCCUUACUCCUUGGCCAUUUGAAGCUGAUAAAAACGUUGUUUACCUGCGAAGGUGUUGACAAGCGUGCACUUGGGAAAGAGUACAUAAAAACUUUACUAGACGACUUUCUGUUCGCUGCGUCAAAGUUUGUCCAGAGAAAUCAAACGAUUGCCAAUGAAGUUUUACUAGAAUCAAGUGCAAGUUGCACUUCAAAGGAGUGUCGCAUAGCUGCCUUUGAAAUAUUUGUGACGUUGGCCGAAGGCUGUGCUGAAAAUCUCUGUGACAUUGUGACGCAGCUGAUCUCGAAACAUCACAGUCAGCUGAGUACUUCAAAGGAAUGGGAGUUUCAGCCACCAGUUGCUGCGAGGCCCUCUCGAGGAUUUGUAGGCCUACAGAAUGGUGGAGCCACGUGUUACAUGAACAGUGUUAUACAGCAAUUGUACAUGCAACCUGGCAUUCAAGAAGCAUUGUUAAAAGUUGAUGAGUCGACCAGCAACGAUACAAAUGGGGUGUUCUACCAAAUGCAGACAAUCUUUGGACAUCUCCUCGAAGGCAAGAUGCAAUAUUACCGACCAGAGACCUUUUGGAAAUGCUUUAAACUCUGGGGGCAGCAUGUUAAUGUUCGUGAACAGCAGGAUGCGUUUGAAUUUUUCACCUGCAUCACUGACCAACUCGAUGAGCAGCUAAAGAAAUUCGGUCAUGAAGAAAUUUUCAAGAAGACUUUCUGUGGGAUGUUUUCCGAUCAAAAAAUUUGCAAAGAAUGCCCUCAUCGGUACGAACGUGAGCAGGAGUUCCACUCUAUUCCCGUUACUGUCAAGUGUCGUACUCUCGAGUCGUCCCUGGAACAGUACAUGACUGACGAGAUAAUGGAGGGUGACAAUGCCUAUUACUGUGAAAAAUGUCGAGAAAACAGAACAACGAUAAAGAGGUUGUGCAUAAAAUCUUUACCACAAGUCCUUGCAAUCCAACUAAAGAGGUUUUGGUAUGAUUGGGAGGCUGGCAGACCUAUCAAAUUUGAUGAUUCGUUUCAGUUCCCAUGGAUUCUGGAUGUGCAGCCAUUCACCAGUCAGGGAAUGUCUAAGAAUGAAACUAAGUCAACCAAUGGCUCUGAUAACAAUUUGUCAGACAGAGACUCGUCGUCAGACCAAUGUUUUUACGAAUUAGUCGGAAUACUCGUUCAUAUUGGACAGGCCAAUGCCGGACACUACUAUUCGUUUAUUAAGAACAGGACGAACACUGGGCAUGCUAAGCGAUGGUACAAAUUCAAUGACACAACAGUCGAAGAAUUUGAAAUGACCGAUGCCAACUUAGAGAACGAAUGUUUUGGAGGCUCGUACAAAGUAUCGAGGCAGGAUAAAAAUAGUCAAUAUCCAGAAAAUCGAAUUCGCAAUUGGAAUGCGUACAUGUUGUUCUAUGAAGCAAUCGAUAAAACCUUUGUAAGCAAUUUGCCAAGGACUGGUUCUAGAGAGCUGCUGCGCGAAGAACUCCAAGAGCUACGGAGGUCUGUACCAUCUUCUCCUACAUCUUCCACCAGCUCUGGACCCCCGUCUCCAGGCAGGACAGACAGCUUAAGUCAGCUCUCAGCACUUAUCAGGCGUGGUGAAAAACGGGGGAUAUUCAAUGAUAAGAUUCCUCCCAGUAUAAGAAGACUUGUCUUAGAAGAUAAUCUGCAAUUCAUGCAGAAUCGAGACGUAUACAACGAAGAUUACUUCCAAUUUGUCUAUGAUUUGUGUUCGUGUAAUUUGGACGAAAUCGGAGAUCCAAGCGACCAGGCCAAAAAGAAUAUCGCCCUUUGCAGUUUCCAGCUGGCGGCACAGUUUCUUUUUAAUACAUACUUUAGGACGACUAAAACCCUUAGGAUGGAUUUUCAAGUUUGGUAUCAAGCACUUGACAAAUUGCUCAGAAUGAGCCCAGAGUCAUGUCUCUGGUUGCUAAAUUUACUAGCAGGCGAUCGUGCCAAAGAAUAUCUUGGGCCGUACCUAGUAGAAUGCCCUGAUAAAGAAAUUCGAACAGGAUUUUGUGAUUUGCUCAUCAGUGUGUUCGAUUGCUCAUUGGCCUCAACAGAUCCUUGCUUUGACCCGUUGAUCCAAAAGGUCAUUGGACAGUUAAUCGACUUGGUCGAUACUAAUGUCAUAAGCAAUUGUCGACAGAGCAACCAAUACUUCGAGUUCUUCCGUAAAUAUUCUUGUCUGGGGUUAACAGCGCUGAAAUCCUUGUAUUCUAAAAAGAUCUUUAAGAAGUUCAUCUACUUCCUUCUUGGUCCAUCUACGCAUAGGAGGGACCAACGCUAUGUUCGGAGAUGGAGCUCUGCGCAAGCGCAAGAGUUUGGCCAUCUUCACUUAACAUUGAUCAAUCUUAUUGUCCAUACGGCGACUAAGCAACAGUUAGACAAUGAUGUUUCUGGUUCCAAUAUGCAGACUUGUGAUUAUCCUUCAAAGAAAGAAGAAUUAGUGACAAUGCCGCUGGAAAUCGAAGAGACCAUCUAUGGAGACGAUGGCGAGCGUUACAUUUCUGAGUGCCUUUAUGCUUGCAUAGAGAUCCCUAACCUUACGAAGCCCAUGGCUGAGAUGAUCUUACACUGCUGUUUCUGCAAUGAGCAAAUUUCAAAGAGGUUUAUUCGGCAGAGCCAGAUACUUCUUGAAAGCGUGCAACCAAACGACCUCAAAAGCGUUCUGCAAGUCAUUUCUGAUGUACUGUGUAUGGAAGACCCUCUUCAGUCUUUUCGAGUAAAUUUGGUUGUCGAUGGAUGUAAAGAAGAAAAAAUCCCUGGAAUCUUAAGUAUUGUCAAAAACAGCUACAUUUCUGAUCCACGGAGGUCUUACCAGUGUAUAAAAUUACUUGUAAAUCUGGCACAGAAAUGCUCUCUCGCAAAAGGUUUCUUGCUGCAAAGCCCAUCACGUUGGCAAUGGUCUGUUGAUUGGCUUAAGAAGAAGAUGAAUGAAUAUUACUGGACAGCUCAGCCUCAUGUCAGCAAUGAAUCUCAUAUUAACAAGUCAUUUCAAAGAACUGUUAGUGCUCAGUACACAUUAGCAGAAGCAACAGCCCUAUUAAUAGAAAUUGAAAAACAAGAAGCAAGUAGCAAAAACUCCAUCUCAAAUCCUGCCAGUGCCUCAACUCAACCAAGUCUAUUUGAAGCUCCAGUGGAGGACUGGGACAAGGAAUCAGCUAGUAAAUGAGCUCAAUGCUUAAGCUCCCAAGAAUGUUACAACUGAGCUGAACUUCUUUAAUGUAUUCCAAAUAAUACAUCUAUAAAGCCACUUUCCAUUGCGCAAUCCUGUCAGAGGGGAAAGUGUCAGGAAUCCCCACUUUGAUAACAGAAUAUUCAUCUUUACCAUGUUGAUGUUGUUAUUGAGGUGGGAAUGAAAUUUUCUUGUAACAGAAACAUUUCAGGAAUUUCAAACAGACAAGGCUAAUGUAAAGUUGGUUAUUGCCAGCUGAAAGUGCAUUGAGUAGGUGACUCCUGUUCUUGAAAUCCCACUGAACAGGUAGUUAUUCAAACAUAGGCAUUUUCAAUGCAAUAUCAGUUAGUUUGGAGGUUUUUAUUGAGACAAUUAAAAACAUGUUUUUCUCAAGGGACUUGAAAGGUACUACUACCUUGUUUACUAAGCUGUCUUGAUGUUUACUUCUUUUAUGGCCUGUAAUCAAGUCAUUAUUCAUCCACUGUUGAAUCAUGGCUCCCCUUUAAUUCAUUAUAUGGGAUAUCCCAUUAAAUUUUUUUUAAACAAACUUACCAGGCCCUAAAGCAAAUUGACAUUUCAGUUUGACAAGCUAACAGUGCUUCAAGGAAUAAACUGUUUUUCUUUUGUGAUCAAAACAGUGGUUUUAGAUAAAAACUUCUUGUUUUUAACAUUUUAAUGUCUAUUUCUUGUCCAUGAUUUAGCAUAUUAUGAUAGAUUUUUGAGGAAAUUUAAAGGUUAUCGUCCCAUCAAUGGAUUAUUGAUGUUUUAUUCUGAUUCAAGUUCUUACUUUAA